AUGCUGGACCUCUUGUUUCCCCCCUCUCUCCUGGAGGGUCUACCCGACGGCAGUCGAGAUGAUCGUCCCGCUCGUCCAAAUUUCCGGAACCCCUCUAGCGGUCUUGGGAUAAAGUUCAAAGGGCAUGAAACAGCAUCCGAUAGACAGGUCAUAUUUUCGCGAGGUACUCGAGGUCGCGAGGACUUUUUUCGAGGCUUAGGCUUCAGCCCUCAGCCCCAGAUCGGCCCACAUCCUGGGAGACGCGGUCAUAAACGAUUGUUUAAAAAGGCAUUAAUAAGUAGUACUCUAUCUAAGAGAGAGGUAAGUAAGAAUCUUCACAGAUCCAUUAUCAAGUGCGGUGAAGAGAAAAAUAAUCAUGACAGCCGCGCUGCACUGAAAAUUCGGACUGCAGGAAGAGAGAAAAAGAAACAUUGA